GACGGUGUCACAUUACAAUACAGUGGUGCUGUGUGCCCAUGCAACCUAAUUUGUGCUUUGUGUUAGUCGCUCGUUAUAAAAAAAGAAUGUUCACGUUGGUGGUAGUUACAACCCCACUCACCUUAAGCUUAUUAUCGCGAUAUAUGGUAGUCGAUCAUUUACAAAAUCACUAACGUUAAAUGGUUUCAGCUUCAUUGCUGUGAACAGUACACCCUGAAACGAAGGUGCUGGAAUGCGCGUCGACGGCUGCUAGGUAAUCCAAUUACUCCCUUUACUAUAGUAUUUAGUUUGAUAGCACACAAAUAAACCAAAAGCUAUUAUAUUAUAAGAUAUCACUGCACGUUAAACCAUGCAUGUCAAGGAGAGCAGGAGCGUUUUUGUCUUCUUGAUCCCAGUUCAGCUGAGUUCAGUGAGCAGCAUGUUCACACAAAUCUAAUCUCAUGGGUAGGAUAAGAAAUUCAGAAGCUUGAAAUAUUUAACGAUAUUAGCGAAACGUUAUCCCAGAUUAGGCUGUUUGUGCACGAGCCCAUACUGACAGUAUUUGUGCGUGUUUUUAAGCAGCUAUGUCUUCAGAGUUCACUCUCGAUAUCCAGCUGACAGAGUUGGGGUUUUCAAGCUGGGAUUUCCCUCUCUGCGAGCCGCAGAGUGUUAAAGAGACAUUUUUGCCAACACAGAACAGCAUCGAGAAGUCAUCACCUGGGACUCCAAAAAGCCAUGAGGAUGCCAGCAUUGUCCCGAGUGGAUCUGCUGAAAAUAGUGUUCUACAAGACCAUCAAUAUUCCUCCCCUGUCAAACAGAACUCUACAAUUAUUACUGAAAAACCCCAAGACGGUUUAACAGCGGUUAACGUAGAGGAUAGGGAGAAAAUAAUUUUUAAUAAGUGGAAGGUAAGAAAAAGAAGAACGUUUGCAGAGGGGAGAAACAGUGACAGAGAGCAAUCUAGAGAAGACGAUACGAGUACCAAUGAAAAGGAGGAAAGUGAGGAAACAAACAGUCUUCAGAUAGAUGAUCAUAUGUCUGUUGAGGAAAAAACUGAUGAGGAUGUAGAAUUCGCUUUGAGUGAUGAUGAUGAUGAUCAGGAGGAUGAAGAAGAGGAGGAGGAGGAGGAGGAGGAAGAACUGGAUGAUGAUAUUUCAUGUUCAGAGACGCCUGAAUCCGGAGAGAUUGGUGAAAAUUACUGUCAUGUGUGUGACGCUACCUUUCCCACUCUGUUCUUACUUCGAGAACACUUAAAUAUGCACACGGGGGUCCGGCCCUACCGCUGCGAUGAAUGCAGCAAGCAGUUCUGCCAGUUAGUCAACUACCGCGCACACCUCCGUUCCCACUCGCAAAAGGCCUCAAUCCACUGUAAGGUUUGCUCUACCAUCUUUGAGACAGAGGAACAACUCCAGAAGCAUUUGGAUUCGAACCAUUUCGAGGACGAGUUUUAUCAGUGUGAUUUCUGCAAGCAGAUUUUCACCGACCUAGAGGUGUGCCAAGAUCACGUGGACAAACAUAGGCAACAGGCAAAAAGACAUAUGUGUCUCAAAUGUGGUUCUAGUUUUCGUAAGCGCAAGUCUCUUCUUCGGCACUUGGAAGGGCACAGCAGAGGCGUCUUCUCAUGCUCUGACUGCGACCGGACGUACUCCAGUAAGGCUUCCCUGUUGCGCCACAGCUUCUCCCACUCGGGCCUCCUGCCGUAUACGUGUCUAAAGUGCAAACGGCAUUUUCGUUUACCGUCUCUUUACCGAAAUCACGAUUGUAAGCCAGAGCACAUCCAGUGCAUGGCCUGUUUGGUUUUCUUUCAGAGUUCGGAGGACUUUGACAAGCAUAAGAAGGACACAGGAUGCUGGGGUCAUCAGGGGGCCAUGUCUUCAACGACGGAUGAGAUCCGGUGCAUGGAGUGUGGCCAGGUGUGCGCGAGCGUGGAGGAAUUAAAGCAGCAUGGGAGCACUCACCAAAGGGUCCUGAAAUGUGCUGAAUGCGGGAUGGGUUUCCGAUCGUCCCUCAUGCUUAUGUCACACAUGGGAGGACAUGCAGCGCAGCGGCCUUGUCUCUGUAAAGACUGUGGCUUGGGCUUUCCACAUCAACAGGGUUAUGACAGCCACCUUAAAACGUGUGGACUGGUGACUCCACCAGUGCCUACAACAAAGAAACCUAAACCGAAAGAAAUCUCCUCUCCACAACAAGCGAAACUAAUCAUCCCUAACGUUGUCUUCCAAACUGUUGGUCAGGACUCAAACCUCAUCACAUUGUCACAUAACAAGGUGGCCCACGUGAUCCCAUUGGGGGACCAAAAACAGCCUGCUGAUGGUGUGUGGAAGUUUACUUUACCUAAAGACCCUCCUCCAGGCAUUCCCUUGGUCAUGAUUUUGCCUGUUCCUGCUUCACAGUCCUUAUCUACCUCAGAUCCUACCAAAAUCUCGCAAAACAUUUUACCUUCAUCUCUAGUCUUAAAAACACCAUCUCCUGCUCCAUGUGUUAUAUCCAUGCCAGUGGUCCCAACCAGUCCUGUUAUUUGUAAAGAGGCACAGAAAGACAACGCGGGACAGAGUCGAACCAACAUUCCUGCAAAUAUACUGAUACCAAUGGAAGGCGAUAACGGUACCGCUAGAAAGACGUGGACCAUCUUGGAAGAUAAGAAAUCUAAUGUUGGUAAACAGGCGGCAGAUGUGGUUGUGCUAAAUCAGGGUUGUUCAAUCAGACUGAAUGUUACUGCACAUUCGGAGGCAGAGGGUGAGCAGAAAAGUUUGAAAAACCAACCGAACACACUGAUAAGUGAUGAAAAACAUGAGAAUGUUAAAGACAGCGACUCUUCACUUGUAUUAGCAGAAGCAGAAGAAAUUGCUUUUGAUAAAGGUCAGCUCAAAAAUUCCAGUGAAGAUCAAAGACUUUGCAAAGAAACCGUGCAAGAGGGAAACAUGUGUGAUGUAGAGGUGGAAGUGGAUCAAGAAGUGGAGAUUGGUGAUGAAGACAGUGGCGUGGAUAUUUCAGAGGGUGAGCUUCAUGAAUGUGUGACUUGUGGGCAGGUUCUUCCUGAAAAAGAUAUGAUCCAACAUUUUAUGAAGCAUGCAGCCGUCUCUGACUCUCCUAAUAAAUGUGCCACACACACUACAGACCACUCCCCUUCAUGUAGCCCAUCAAGAAAAAGACAAAGGUCUGAAACAGAGCUCUGAUAAUGAAUUCAAGAGUGAUAAUGUAGACCUUAUAAUUCUGCACUAGAAAGUCUUUUUAUUCUUUUUUUCCCCUUUUUUAUUGGAACAUUUGAGUAAUGUUGCCACCUUUUCCAUUCCGUUAGAAAAUAUUUUUCUCUUAUUUUUUUACGUUCUAAAAUGUAUGUAUUAUAAAACUGAAUGUGUUUUGUGUUAAUUGACUCUGAUUUUAUUGAUUCGUUGAUUUUACUGUAUGUCAGUACAUUUACUCCACAAAUAAGCUGCAAUAAAUGUAGAUUGGGACAUAGGGAAAAGCUUUUGUUUUGUUCAUACUACAGCUAGUGUCAUUAGAGAAUUAACAAUCAUGUGGAAAUAGCUUUCAUUAUAUGCUGCAAAUUUUCCACUGCGACACAUUGAAAUAAUUUCGAAACCACAGAGUGGCAAUAACUACAUUUUCCUUUUAUUGUUAUUAAUACUGUUUUUCUUUUGUAAGUAAUGUUUCAUAGUAAACUUUGUUUGAUCUAAUCACCUUUUAUGGUAGCUCUUUUGUGUUGGGUUGUUGGGACUAGCCUGCACUUUAGUCUUUUUCAGAUUAUAAAUCAUAUAGUGUGAAUGUGUACUGUUUCCUCUACCCUUUACUUUCUAAUAGGAAUUGGAACUAAAGUGUUAAAAAAAAUUAUUUUCAUAGCCAAAUGUUUGAAUGGUGGCCCAGACUAAAUUAUGUCUAGUAUA